AAUAUCUUUGUUAACAGACACAAAAUCUGACGUCACCUCUACUCGACACAUCUUUGUCAGUGAACAAAAUGGCGACCUACUGUCUUACUGUUGCCCGGCUCCGGCUUGCCCUGGGUCAGGGUGCCCGGCGCAUGCAUGUGUCAGCCGCCUUCAGUGCCAAAGCCAAAGUUUCCAUGAGCCGCUUUGAGCCCAGCAACCACGUCAACUAUCAGCAGCUCAAUGAAAACGUCAACAUUGUACGCAAGAGACUAAACCGGCCUCUUACUCUCUCAGAGAAGAUUGUCUAUGGUCAUCUUGAUGACCCUGUGGGGCAAGACAUUGCCAGGGGUCGUACGUACCUGCGCCUGCGGCCAGACCGCGUGGCCAUGCAGGACGCCACGGCCCAGAUGGCCAUGCUGCAGUUCAUCAGCAGUGGCCUGCCCAAGGUGGCCGUGCCAUCAACCAUCCACUGUGACCACCUGAUUGAGGCCCAGAUCGGCGGAGCAAAGGACCUGGCGAGGGCGAAGGACAUUAAUGCAGAGGUAUAUAACUUCCUGGCCAGUGCUGGAGCCAAAUACGGAGUUGGCUUUUGGAAACCAGGCUCUGGGAUCAUCCAUCAGAUCAUCUUGGAGAACUAUGCCUACCCAGGGGUGUUGCUGAUUGGGACGGACUCUCACACACCCAAUGGUGGUGGACUGGGCUCCGUCUGCAUUGGGGUGGGAGGGGCCGACGCUGUAGAUGUCAUGGCUGGCAUCCCUUGGGAGCUUAAAUGUCCUAAUGUGAUUGGUGUGAAGCUGACAGGCAAGCUGUCAGGGUGGACAUCCCCCAAGGAUGUGAUCCUGAAGGUGGCUGGGAUUCUGACUGUGAAGGGGGGUACCGGAGCUAUUGUGGAGUACCAUGGACCUGGAGUUGACUCCAUCUCCUGCACAGGAAUGGCUACUAUCUGCAAUAUGGGGGCCGAGAUUGGAGCCACCACCUCUGUGUUCCCCUACAACCACCGUAUGAAGACAUACCUGGAGAAGACUGGACGAGGAGAGAUCGCUGCUUUGGCUGAUGAGUAUGCUGACCUGCUGGUUCCUGACCAGGGCUGUCAGUAUGACUCCGUUAUAGAGAUCAACCUGGAUGAGCUGAAGCCCCAUAUCAAUGGACCCUUCACCCCUGACCUGGCACACCCCAUUUCAGACAUUGGGACCACGGCAGUAAAGAACGGAUGGCCCCUGGAGGUCAAAGUAGGUCUGAUUGGCAGCUGCACCAACUCCAGUUACGAGGACAUGGGCCGCUCUGCCUCUGUGGCCAAACAGGCAUUGGACAAGGGGCUGAAAUGCAAGGCUGCAUUUACCAUCACCCCCGGGUCGGAACAAAUCCGGGCCACCAUCGAACGAGAUGGAUAUGCCAAGAUCCUCAACGAUGUUGGUGGCAUGGUCCUGGCCAACGCCUGUGGACCUUGCAUCGGACAGUGGGAUAGGCGUGACGUGAAGAAGGGGGAGAAGAACACCAUCGUCACGUCGUACAACAGGAACUUCACGGCCAGGAACGACGCCAACCCAGCGACACAUGCCUUUGUGGCCUCUCCGGAGAUCGUCACAGCCCUUGCCAUCGCAGGAACCCUGGAUUUCAACCCAGAGGUUGACUACCUCAUAGCUGCCAAUGGAGAGAAGUUCAAGCUGGAGCCCCCCAACGCAGACGAGCUACCCAAGAAAGACUUUGACCCUGGUCAGGACACCUACCAGCACCCCCCUGCGGAGGGUGGAGCUAAGCUAAAGGUGGAGGUCAGCCCCACCAGCACCCGGCUACAGCUGCUGGAUCCCUUCGACAAGUGGAAUGGAGGAGACCUGGAGGAUAUGCAAGUCCUCAUCAAGGUGAAGGGGAAGUGUACCACAGACCACAUCAGUGCCGCAGGUCCCUGGCUCAAGUUCCGUGGUCACCUUGACAACAUAUCCAACAACAUGCUGAUCGGGGCGGUCAACAUCGAGAACGACGGCAUCAACAAGAUUAAGAACCAGCUGACCGGAGAGUAUGGCGGUGUGCCCGACGUCGCCCGGCACUACAAAGCUAAUGGCCUGUCGUGGGUGGUUGUGGGAGAUGACAACUACGGAGAGGGAUCCAGCCGGGAACAUGCUGCUCUGGAGCCCAGACACCUGGGAGGACGAGCCAUCAUCGUGAAGAGUUUUGCCAGGAUUCACGAAACAAAUCUGAAAAAACAGGGUCUGCUGCCCCUAACCUUCCAGGACCCUGCUGACUAUGACAAGAUCCGCCCAGAUGACAAGAUCUCCAUCAAAGGACUCAAAACCUUUGCCCCAGGAAAGCCCCUGUUGGCAGUUGUGAAGCACAGUGACGGCACCAAAGUCGAGUUUCAGCUUAACCACACUUUCAACGAGACCCAGAUCGAGUGGUUCCAGGCUGGUUCUGCCCUUAACAGGAUGAAGGAGCUCCAGUAGGCGAAGAGCAGGGGAAAGAGGAAGAUCAGAGGGAGGCGGAGGAAGAGCAACUGAUUCAGGGGAAAAGGCGAAGUGGACUGGGGGCAUGGAUCAGGCACAGAGGGGGAUGUUUGCCGUGUUUCAUGGACUUAGGAUCUGUCUCAGUAGUACUGAAGUACUUCCACUCCUUUCUAUUACCACAGAUCUGAAAGGCUGUGAUGAGUAAGUAAUUGGAUAUGAUGAACCAAUCCACUCCAUUUUAACCAAUCAGUAAAAAUGACAGGAAGGAGCUAAGGAGAGGAAGCUAAUAAGUAUCAAAAUGGUUACAGUACAAUCAUCACCACUGCAUUUGACACUCUAUAGACAAGGCUUACAUAAACGCCACAACAAUUCAAAUGUAAGAGGCCGGUGUCAGGCUUUACAGGACAGAUAGCAAGAGUGUAAGCACAGUGAGCUUGGCACUGGCUAUCUCACACAUUGACUAAGCUAACCUCGUACUGCAACUCGUCGGUCAUCCCAGCUGCUAAAACAGAUUGGUGAGGCUUGAAGUCAUCAUUACUCCAUCAAAACGGUAGUUUUCACCUUGUCUCUGAGGUUGCAUGAGAUUAGUAAUUGUGUGAUUGUCCUUUCAACUCCUACCACCCAGUGUUUUGUUCAUUUUGUUGUAGGUUCUUAUACAUAGACUGGUUAAUACAAAGCUCCAAGUCUUGUCUAUACAAAUGCUUUACCUCUGCAACAACAGUCACUCAAUCCCUCCACUAACACCCCUGUGGAUCUCUAUGUUUUUGGAAUAAUAAUAUCACACAGUGAUUUUCUUUUUGUAAUAGAUUAGAUUUAUUUCCCCCUCAGAACCUCAAAUGUGCAUAAUAAAAAAGGAUUGCUCUCAUUUUUGUAUUGCGGUCUCAUGGACAACUGUGUUGGUUGGACAUCCAGAUUCUUUCACACAUAUUUUUGGGUGCCCUUUUUUUGUAGGGUUAUGUGACAGGGCCUACAGUUUGUCCUCAUUAGAUCAGGAGAAACUUGUGAUAAUUUUUGUUUUUCUGUGGCUUAACACAGAUGUUAACCCUUGUGUCAAAGCUAGACAUCUGUUACACUCCCAUUUCUUAGUAAUGUAUAACUCAAACACUAGCUAACUCUUCCUGGAAACAUUUAAACAGUUAUGCAUUUUAUGUGAUAAAGUGCAACCCCCUCCUUUUUCUGUAUAUUUAUUUUUUCUGUAUUGCAGAUAUGAGUGCUGUUCAGUCCAAUCGGUUGUAAAAUAAACAUUUCAAUGAAUA